AUGUCUCGUCAGCCUUUGAGCGAAGAUUCUCCAAUCAACGUGAUCAUACCAGCCUCGGAUCGGUUCCCCAUUCAAGAGCCAAACACCAAGGACUCCGUGCCCAUAUCUGAACAAGAUACAAAUCAAAAAUGCCUGGACGAUGAAAAUUGGCAAUGCACGCGGAAGUGGCCCUUUUACGAACACCGCGUGUGGCUACGGGAGUACUUUGCGGAGUUCUUCGGGAUGUGGGUUUUUAUGACCCUGGGCCAGGGUACGAGCGCCACGACGACCUUUCUUGUGAGUAAAUUUCCAAACCAGCAAGCGGCUUCGAGUGAGGUGUUGGUGAUGUUUGGCUGGGGCCUCGCCGUGGCGAUGGGGCUUUUUGUUUGUAUGGGAGUCUCCGGGGGUCAUAUGAACCCUUCAGUAACCUUCGCGAAUUGCCUUUUUGGUGCCAUGCCCUGGCGUAAGUUUCCAGGUUAUGUCCUCUCGCAGACUUUAGGUUCCUUCACCGCCGCAUUUUGCAUCUAUAUCCUCUUCUACGAUCGGUUUCAGGAUGCGAAAAAUGCAUUACAACCAGGGGAGACGAUGACGUUGAAGUAUGGUGGAAUAUUUUGCACAUACCCUAGUGAGUCGAAUUUUCGUUGUUUAUUGAACGAAUUCCUGGAUACAACCAUUCUUCUCUUCUGUAUUAUGGGUAUGUUUGACCCCCACAUGACGCCUGCCAAUACUUACAAACCCUUGGGAGUUGGGCUACUCAUCAUCACGAUUGCGGUUUCUAUUGGUAUCAAUUCAGGGUUCUGUAUGAAUCCUGCGAGAGAUCUCGGGCCUCGCAUAGCCUCUUCCCUUAUUUUUGGUAGCACGGAUCCGUUUACUGUUUACAAUCAUUAUUUUUGGAUUCCAACUUUUGUUCCUCCAUUCGGUGCUGCAUUUGGAAUGUUUUUAUAUACUUUCUUCAUUAUUUCUGAUAAAUAA